AUGCCCAAAGACAAGCCGGCAGUCCCUGUGGUGCCUACAGCGAAAGCUGCAGGCCACGCAUCCAAUGCCAGGGCAUGGCCGAAACCCUCCUCGUUCUUCAAAGACCGUCGCCGUCAGCAGUCUGGCGGCUUUAGUGUCCCUCAAACCGGGACUCUCACAGACCUACAAACCCUGAGGCUCUAUGAUCUGGGCACAAUCCGUCUCUUCCGUGCAGCCGAAAAGGCCGGCUACUACGAUGAUGAGAACAUGCUAUUGGAGAGGCUCAUUCAGCUUCUUUACAAGCUCCCACGACAUUCCCGGAGAGGAAAGCUUCUGACUGACGCCUUCAUCACCAAGCUUUGGUCCACGCUGGACCAUCCCCAGCCGACGCCCAUUCCCACUCUCAUGGGCCAAGAAAAUCGGCACCGGAUGGCUGAUGGAUCAAACAGCAACCCGUAUUUCAGGACCCUUGGAGCAGCGGGAACUCCAUAUGCGCGUUCCGUAGCACCGAUGGAUGUGCAGAGCCCAGAUAUGCCGGAUCCAGGACUUAUUUUCGACACACUGCUAUCGCGCAAUGGUGAAUGCAAGCCACACCAAUGCGGCAUCUCCAGCAUGAUGUUUUAUCUUGGUGUCAUUAUCACGCAUGACAUAUUCCAAACGGGUGGCCGCGAUGGCGCAAUCAACUUGGCAUCGUCAUAUCUGGAUCUCGGUCCUCUCUACGGGAACUCGUGGGAGGAGCAAAAGGAGAUGCGGCAGUUCAAGAACGGCUUAUUGAAGCCCGACUGUUUUGCUCACAAGCGCUUGCUAACAUUCCCUCCCGCCUGUCGCGUGUUUCUGGUCAUGUUCAAUCGCUUCCACAAUUAUGUGGUCGAGCAGCUUGCCAGCAUCAACGAGGCUAAUCGCUUCAAAAAACCGACCUCCACGCCCGACUCAAACGACCCCGAUGAUCAAAAAGCGUGGGAGCAGUAUGAUGAGGAUUUGUUUCAGACUGGGCGCCUGGUAACCUGCGGCUUAUACGUCAACAUUAUUCUCAAAGACUACGUUCGUGCCAUAUUGUGCCUGAACCGCACCGAUUCGACAUGGACGAUCGAUCCGCGGACAAACAUGGACCGACACGCACAAAAGACUACGGCACCCACGGGCGUUGGAAAUCAGGUAUCUGUCGAGUUCAACCUUCUAUACAGGUGGCACAGUAUCUUGUCUUCACGCGAUGCCGAAUGGAUUGCCGAGGAGAUGCGACAAUUGCUGGAUGGCAAAGACCCGGAGACGGCCACAUUUCAUGAGAUGAUAACGGCAUUUCAAGCUUGGGAAACGGCAUUGCCAACAGAUCCGCAUCAGCGAGAUUCUGUACCGGGGCUCAAACGUCAAUCUGAUGGGGCCUACAGUGAUGGCGAGCUGGUGGACAUUCUGCGUGCCAGCAUUGAGGACACAGCUGGCAGCUUCGGUGCCAACUCUGUUCCGCGCUGCUUACGACCGGUCGAAAUUCUGGGGAUUCUUCAGGCCCGUCGAUGGCGAGUGUGUACGCUCAACGAGUUCCGAGCAUUCAUCGGCCUGUCGCGGCAUCGAACCUUUGAAGAUAUCAACCCUGAUCCCGCCGUCACAGCAGGUCUCAAGAGUCUGUACGGAAGUCCAGCAAACGUUGAGCUGUAUCCUGGACUGAUGUCGGAGAAGACCAAACCGCCCAUGGCGCCUGGCAGUGGAGUAUGCCUCGGCUUCACCUCUAGCAGAGCUAUCUUAUCGGAUGCUGUGUCCCUUGUACGUGGCGAUCGCUUCUACACGGACGACUUCACGCCAAAGAAUCUCACCAACUGGGGGUUCGCCGAAGUCGACUCUGAUUUCGACGUUGACAGCGGAAAUGUCAUGUACAAGCUCAUCUUCUGCGCCUUCCCCCAUCAUUUCCAACGGGACAGCAUAUACGCGCACCAUCCCCUUGUCACACCUAGCGAAAACAAGGUUAUCUUUGAAGGCUUGAAGAAGGCGUCCGAAUAUACUUGGGAUCCACCCAGCCGUAAUGCAAAUAUUGCCAUCGUGAAAGAGUCUAAAGAGCCAGGGAAAGAAGAUCGAGUGAGCAAUGACCACACGCAACCGAACGGAUCGUCACUUGCAAGCUCAAAGCAUGUGGUCACCGAUUUUGUCGUCCUUACGUCGGCGAACCGCUUAAAGUCACAAUCCUACAGCGUGCCCAAUCCUUCAUCGGAUCAUGACAGUCGAGGCAUUGACGUGGUGAGCGAGGUGAUCAGCUCGACAUUUGUGCGGCUGACAGCUGAGAUGUUCUCACUGAGCCUCAAGGCAACGAGCGACAAACGUCGAGGUGCCUAUACAGAUGCUCAACUGGGUACAAUCCUAUCUGUUCUGUAUGCUGCCGAGUCGCCGAGACUGAGCCUGGGAAGAUCUUAUGAGCUUCAACGCCAAGCACGGGAUUUGGUAGUCCGCUUCAGGAAGGAGAUCCCGCUUUCUAAACUAACAAAGAGCUUGUCAGACAAUUCCAAAAUCUCAGUCCGUAGCUACGGUCAGAGACUUACCACGUCUCAAAAGCUAAGGGAUAACGAGAAGCUGGCCGAUCGUGUUGCAACUCUUGUGGCCUGCUCCGCCAUGGUCCCCAAAACAGAUACGAGUGAACAAGUACUCAUACGGUAUCUCCUUAAUGGUUGCUCGCUACGAGGUGACGAUAGUUCAACCGAGGAUUUGCACUCUCCAACUUCCUCGGCUACCAGCGGUGCCGCUUCUACAAAUACUCGUGCCUUGAUCGAUUACUUCCCCGAGGGUACCAAUUCCGAUGAUCUCAAAAUUUGCAUAGAAGCAAUGGCAGCACUGUUCAAAAUCAUAGUGAGCCUUCCUGGCCUUCGAAGGGCGCCAGGUGCCCCGGGUCACCUGGCAAGCGUACCUGCAGUACAAUGGCACGGCCAGACAGGUCGCCAAUCAGGCCCAGAGGAAGGCCAGUCAAUGUACAUGACGAGCGACCGUAGCUCAUUCUGGCCUGUUCCGGUGACGAUGAAUAUUGUCUGGGAUUCAAAUUGA